AUGGCCAACCAGCUACACAGUGCCCCGCCCUUCCGGGCCGAACAUAUGGGUUCCUUGCUGCGUCCCGACAACCUGCUUGCGGUGCGUGAGAAGAUCCGCGAUACCGGUAUCUCGGAGCAGGAGGCUGGUCUGCAGGCCGUGGAGGAGGAGACUGUUCGUGAUGUUGUCAAGCUCCAGCGGGAUCUGGGCUACAAGGCUGUCACUUCUGGUGAAUUCAACCGGACCCGUUUUUGGGGACAGAUGUGGGAUGAGUUCGAGGGCACCAUCCGUCUUCAGGAUGCCGAAGCGUCCAUGUUCAGACUCUACCAUCCCGAUGUGGUCAGUCUGAUUGAAAAGGACCGCAAGGUCAUGCCCGGUGACUCGGUCAUCGCUGGAACCAAGCUUUCCUGGAACCCUGAGAAGUCGGUGUCGAACCUGCACGAACUGAAGCUGGUUCAGCAGGCUCUGCCUGAGAGUGAAUGGCACACCAUAAAGCUGACCAUGAUCACUCCCGCCUGGUUCCACAUGCGCUACAAGCAGGGUAAGGCUUACACUCCCGAGGCCUACGCCAACGACGAGGAGUACUUCCAGGACGUCGCAAAGGUGUACCAGGCCGAGCUCGACGCCUUGUACAAGGCUGGACUGAGAAACGUCCAGUUCGAUGACCCGGGUAUGGCCUACUUCUGCUCCAAGGCCUUCCGCCAGGGCUGGGAAGAAGACAAGGACAACAUCGGCACGGUCGAAGAUCUGCUUGACGCCUACAUCAAGCUGUACAACGACUCAAUCAGCAAGAUCCCUGCUGACAUGCACACCGGUAUUCAUCUUUGCCGCGGUAACUUCAUCGGAGGCAGACACUUUGCGGAGGGAUCUUAUGACAUCAUCGCCAAGAAGCUGUUCGAGAACCUGAAUGUCAACACAUUCUACCUUGAGUAUGACACCGAGCGUGCAGGUGGCUUUGAGCCUCUCAAGUUCUUGCCCAAGAACAAGAACGUUGUUGUCGGUGUCAUCAGCACGAAGCUUCGCGAGCUGGAGGAUAAGGAGGCGAUGAAGGAGCGGAUCUACAAGGCCGCCGACUUUGUUAGUGCUGGUAGUGGUGAGACUCGCGAGGAGGCCCUCAAGCGUAUCUGCGUCAGCCCUCAAUGCGGUUUCAGUACCCACGAGAGCGGAUACCCUCUGAGCCUGGAGGACGAGAAGAAGAAGCUGGGUCUGACCAGGCAGAUCGCUGAUGAGAUCUGGGGACAACCUUGA